AAGAUGGCGACCAGCUCAGAGCGCAGUCCUCCUCCGUUCCCGGAUUCCGAGGACCAAGAUGCUCUGGACUCCGAGGUAGUCAGAGGCCGAGACAGCGACGAGGACGACGGGGAUGAACUUUUCAUGAGCGCGGCCAAUACGCCCAUGGCCAAAACGGAGAGCCCAUCACCACCUCGCAGCGAGUUCGCUGACCUCAUGCGUAACCCUUUGAUUGAGCCCCUCAGCAGCUCGACAAACAAACCCUCCUCUGAGCUUUUCGAGGACCUGACGAAUGACGCAGCGGGUGAGGCGUCUGCCGAGGAAUUGGAUGAGUUUGUUGACCUUCUGGGAAGUAAAGCAGCAGCACAAAGAAAGGAAGUGGAUGUUACGGUGGAAGCAGCGGCGGUGGAUAAGGGUGAAACAAGCCAUGGCGCAACAGAUUUACUCGCCGAUGGAGAAACGAGAAGUGCCUCUGAACAGGAAGCGACUUCUGCCGCUCCAGUCAUGGACCUCGGCGGCUCGCAGCAGCCACCUGCCAGUGCCAAGGUCACCGACCACAUGGAGUAUCUCCUGAGCUGUCUGCCGGCCACCGCCACGUCCGACGCCCAGCAACCCGGCGGCGCGGUGGUCGACCUCUUCGACGACGAGGGAAGCGACAUUUUCACCGGAGCCCCAUCUACCAAACCUGCCAAGCAGCCUCAGAAGAGCCUCUUCGGCGACGCCGACGAGGACCUGUUCGGCGAGCCGCUGGGCGCCGUCUCAAAGAAAGCCGCCGGUAAGGAACAGAAGGAGAAAUCAGUCCCCGCUUCAGCUGGAGAACCUGCACACGACUUCACCGAGGAGGCGGUCGGCACGGUGCCAAACGCCAGAGCGGUCAACUCCAAAACCAACGGAAUCCCUCCAGAAGAGGACUCUGAUAUAUUUUCAGAAGCCACAGUGGAGCUUUCCCUGGACAGUCCAAGGAGCGAGAGAAGGAAAGACGCGACGACCAAACCGCCUGCGUCCGCCUCAGCCAGCCUCGCCAAACCACAGUCUGUCGCCGUGGAAGAGCUGGAAGAAGAGGAGGAAGAGGAACUUGAAGAUAAGUUUGACGUUUAUGUCUCUGUUAAAGACCCUGAAAAAAUAGGGGACGGCAUGAACGCCUACAUGGCUUAUAAAGUAUCAACACAGACCUCUCUGCCGAUGUUCCGCAACAAAACGUUUACGGUGAGGCGACGCUUCAGCGACUUCCUCGGCCUCUACGAGAAGCUUUCCGAAAAACACGGACCAAGCGGAUUGAUCGUUCCUCCGCCGCCGGAAAAAAACCUCCUGGGAAUGACAAAAAUGAAGGUGGGAAAAGAAGAUUCAUCGUCGGCAGACUUUCUGGAGAGGAGAAGAGGAGCUUUGGAAAGGUAUCUCCAGAGAGUAGUGUCUCACCCAAUGCUCCUGCAGGAUCCUGAUGUCAGGGAGUUUCUGGAGAAAGAGGAACUGCCCAGAGCCGUCAGCACCCAGGCGCUGAGCGGGGCCGGCUUCCUUAAGAUGCUCAACAAGGCAUCAGACGCCGUCAGUAAAAUGACCAUCAAGAUGAACGAGUCGGAUGUGUGGUUUGAGGAGAAGCUGCAGGAGGUUGAGUCUGCAGAUCAGCAGUUCAGGAAGCUCCACGCUCUGGUUGAGUCGCUCGUCGUUCACAGAAAAGAGCUGUCCCUGAACACGGCGAGCUUCGCCAAGAGCGCGGCCAUGCUGGGCAGCGCCGAGGACAACACGGCGCUGUCCCGCGCCCUGUCGCAGCUGGCCGAGGUGGAGGACAAGAUGGAGCAGCUCCACCAGGACCAGGCCGCCAACGACACCUUCAGCUUCGCCGAGAUGAUCGCAGACUUCAUCCGCCUGCUGGGAGCCGUCAGGGGAACCUUCGACCAGCGGAUGAAGGCGUGGCAGCGCUGGCAGGACGCGCAGGCCAUGCUGCAGAAGAAGAGGGAGACGGAGGCCAAGCUGCUGUGGGCCAACAAGCCGGACAAGCUGCAGCUGGCCAAGGAGGAGAUCGCCGAGUGGGAGGCCAAAGUGACUCAGUACGAGAGAGACUUUGACAGAGUUUCUGCAACUGUACGCAAGGAAGUCGUCCGCUUCGAGAAAGAAAAGACCAAGAAUUUCAAGAGACAGAUAAUCGUGUACCUGGAGUCCCUGCUUCAGUCUCAGCAGCAGCUGAUCAAGUACUGGGAGGCGUUCCUGCCUGAAGCGAAAGCCAUCGCCUAACGGCCGACCCUCUGACCAACAAACCGGCUGCCUUCUUUAUACACUUUACCUCCUUUUGCCUUUAAAGCAAGAAAACAAACAUGCUCGUUGAAAAGGGAGAUACAAUCAACAUGUUUCUUUGUUGUUUUUUUUUUUAAAUACAAUCAUCCUUAACGUACAGCUCUGUAUUCUAUUGUAUUAAUAACUGUAUAUUUUCAUUUAUCUUUCCACUAUUUUCUUACGAGAGCAAAGAGUUUAAAAAGAUGGAAAGAGGAAAAGUUUAGCCCAGUGAUUUUUUUUUUUUUUUUUUUUUUUUCCCCCAGUAGCGCCCUCUGCAGGUGAUGAGGAGCUCCUUCCAGUCUGAAGCUGAAGGUGGCCAAGAGUCUCACUCUGCUUCUCACUUCUAAUAAUGACUCAAAAGAAAAAAAAAGGGAUUAAAUAACUUUUCUGAGCACUUCUAGCUGCUGGAUAAACUUCCUCGAGUUCUAGCCGGUUUAUUUUUCUUCACAGGUUGAAGCAGUGGGGAGGGGAAUGACACGGGUUUGUGGGUUCCAUGUUUUCCGGUGGAAUUUGAGUCGUUAAAAAUCAUGUCUGUGCCUUUCUACCUGGAAACGAUGCUAGUUUGAGAGAAUUUUGUACACAGAUGUGAGCCGAGCAGAGGCUUUGUUGCACUUAGUUAAAAAAAAUAAAAUAAAGAGAGAGAGAGAGAGACGGUCCUGAUGUGUUUUCCUGAAUGGAAACUUGCUGAGUACAUGUGGAACAGGUGAGAAUGUCUGGGCCUGUUUCUCACGUCACAGUUCAUGAUCGACUCUUUUACCAAACAGCCAGUCGGAUGUGUCAAAUAAAAGCUGCCACCAUUUUUUUA